GCAUGCGCAGCGGUCACCCCCGGCUCUAUAUUAGGCCAACAGCGGCCCUAGCCGAGGCUGUUCGUGAAGAAGGGCACUGGUCGGUUUAGCGUCCUCCGCUCGAGUGCCCACCGCCGUCUCGUCGAGAGCCCGCGCAGGACCCGGGACACUUUGCAGACAUGGAGACUGUCGUUCGCAGAUGCCCAUUCUUAUCCCGAGUCCCUCAGGCCUUUCUGCAGAAGGCAGGGAAAUCUCUGCUGUUCUAUGCUCAAAACUGCCCCAAGAUGAUGGAAGUCGGGGCCAAGCCGGCUCCUCGGACCGUGUCCACUUCAGCAGCACAGUGCCAGCAGGUCAAAGAAACCCCUCCAGCCAAUGAGAAAGAGAAAACUGCCAAAGCCGCAGUCCAGCAGGCUCCUGACGAGUCCCAGAUGGCACAGACUCCAGACGGCACACAGCUCCCGCCUGGACACCCGUCACCCUCUACAAGCCAGAGCUCUGGGAGCAAGUGCCCUUUCCUGGCAGCACAGCUGAGCCAGACGGGCAGCAGCGUCUUCCGCAAGGCCAGUCUGGAGCUUCAGGAGGACGUGCAGGAAAUGCAUGCUGUGAGGAAAGAGGUUGCUCAAAGCCCAGUGCUCCCCAGCUUGGUCAAUGCAAAAAGGGAUGGAGAAGGUCCAAGCCCACUGCUGAAGAACUUCCAGGACAUCAUGAGAAAGCAAAGGCCAGAAAGAGUGUCUCAUCUUCUUCAGGAUAACUUGCCAAAGUCCGUUUCCACUUUUCAAUAUGAUCAUUUCUUUGAGAAGAAAAUUGACGAGAAAAAAAAUGACCACACCUACCGAGUUUUUAAAACUGUGAACCGGAGAGCACAGAUCUUCCCUAUGGCAGAUGACUACACGGACUCCCUCAUCACCAAAAAGCAGGUGUCGGUCUGGUGCAGCAAUGACUAUCUAGGCAUGAGUCGACACCCACGGGUGUGUGGGGCUGUCAUAGAGACUGUGAAACAGCAUGGUGCCGGAGCAGGUGGAACUAGAAAUAUUUCUGGAACGAGCAAGUUCCAUGUGGAACUGGAGCAGGAGCUGGCUGACCUCCACGGCAAGGACGCGGCGCUCUUGUUCUCUUCCUGCUUCGUGGCCAACGACUCCACUCUCUUCACCCUGGCUAAGAUGAUGCCAGGCUGUGAAAUUUACUCUGAUUCCGGGAACCAUGCCUCCAUGAUCCAAGGGAUUCGCAACAGUCGAGUGCCAAAGUAUAUCUUCCGCCACAAUGAUGUCAACCAUCUCAGAGAACUGUUGCAGAGAUCCGACCCCUCGGUCCCCAAGAUCGUAGCAUUCGAAACUGUCCAUUCAAUGGAUGGAGCAGUGUGCCCCCUGGAAGAGCUGUGUGAUGUGGCCCAUGAGUUUGGAGCGAUCACGUUUGUGGACGAGGUCCAUGCAGUAGGGCUCUAUGGGGCUUCAGGUGGAGGGAUCGGUGAUCGGGAUGGAGUCAUGCCAAAAAUGGACAUCAUUUCUGGAACACUCGGUAAAGCGUUCGGCUGUGUUGGAGGAUACAUUGCCAGCACGAGUUUGCUGAUCGACACCGUCCGGUCCUACGCUGCGGGCUUCAUCUUCACCACCUCCCUGCCACCAAUGCUGCUGGCUGGAGCCCUGGAGUCUGUGCGGAUCCUGAAGAGCAAUGAGGGACGUGCCCUUCGCCGCCAGCACCAGCGCAAUGUCAAGCUUAUGAGGCAGAUGCUAAUGGACGCUGGCCUCCCAGUCAUCCACUGCCCCAGCCACAUCAUCCCUGUGCGGGUUGCCGAUGCUGCUAAAAACACAGAAAUCUGUGAUGAGUUGAUGACCAGGCAUAAUAUCUACGUCCAGGCCAUUAAUUACCCAACAGUGCCUCGUGGGGAGGAGCUCCUCCGGAUCGCCCCCACCCCGCACCACACACCGCAGAUGAUGAACUUCUUCCUAGAGAAGCUGCUGCUCACGUGGAAGCGAGUCGGGCUGGAACUGAAGCCACAUUCGUCAGCUGAAUGCAACUUCUGCAGGAGGCCCUUACACUUCGAAGUGAUGAGCGAGAGAGAGAAAGCCUAUUUCUCAGGCAUGAGCAAGAUGGUGUCUGCCCAGGCCUGACUGUGACUCAGUUAUUCACAAACCCCAGACCAUUACCAUACCCAAAUAGUAGCCAGAAUUGUCUUUAUAUGUGAAGUAAAUUAUAUAUUAAAUCUUAAUCUAUAGUAAAA